CUAGCCCCAGCUCGACCUGUUUAGCAUUUCCAGCAAGGAGUUUCCGUUUCUUUCCCUCUCUAAAACCCCUACGAAAAUCUCUCCUCCUCCAAAACUCUCAUCGCGAACAUUUCGGGAACCCUAACCGCAGCUCAUAGGAGAUAUCGAUUCUAUUCGUUUCAGCUAUGGCUGCAAAGAUUCUUGCUAACUUAAUUGUGAUGGGCUCUGGUGUGUUAGCAAGGGCUUUCGUUCAGGCUUACCGCCAAGCACUUGCAAAUGCCUCAAAAUCUGGUGUCGCCCAAGAAACAUUACAAAACACUGUCCGUAGAGCAAGCAAAGGAAUGACAGAGCAAGAAGCCAGGCAGAUUCUUGGCGUCUCCGAACAAACCGCUUGGGAGGAGAUUAUGAAGAAAUAUGACACAUUGUUUGAAAGGAAUGCCAAGAAUGGGAGCUUUUAUGUUCAGUCGAAAGUUCACAGGGCCAAGGAAUGUUUAGAGGCUGCCCAUCGAGACAAAGGACAGGGCCCUAGUUGAAAACUCAGUGGUUGUCUCUUUGCAUAUAGUGUAUCUUUUCUCCUUUAUUGUGUAAUUAAUAUUUUUGUCUUAUGGAAGGGCCUGAAUGAGAGAAAUUGUAUACAUGACGUUGUCUAUUUCGUCUUCUUAUAGUUCAAAAUGCUUGUGCGUCAGGUCAGCCUGGUUGUUCCAACGUGGCCCCAAUAAUGAUGUUUGCCCGAACUAUCCAAAGGACCAUUCUCAAUGUAUUUGACAAAAUUGGACUUGUUCA